AGAACUGUAAUGUUAGGUAAAAGUGUCUUUCGCAGUGUGCUGAAGAUAGUUAAAAAUAUUUGAAUAUAUCGUGUUAAAUCCUGUGAAAUUAUUCCCCAACAUGCUGGGUAAUUUGCGCAAUAAACCCAUGUGUUAGUUCUGAAUGAGGAGUGUCAUUUAAACAGUCGCAAAAAUUUUCACCGUUGCUUAAAUGGCGGACAAUGUGCGUUGGCUUCAUUUCCUCGCACUCGCACACAUACAAGCGCACUUGGUGGUGCUGUCCAGUGCGUUCGCCGUCCAACACUAGAAGCCAAGAAUGUGUUUUGAAUACAUGUACUUAAUAUAUUUAAUCGAAACCGUCAUUCUGAACUAAACAAGCUCUUUUGGCGGCUUUUUUUAAACUCCAAAUUUGCGCAUUACGAACAAAGUGAAAAUCCAACGACAAACUUCUGACGAUCUGAUCGAUUUUUUCCCCCACAUACGCCGUUGAGUGAAUGUGUGUUUGAAUGUGUCCCGUAAAUACAUAGCUGGAUCUGAUGUGCAGCUCCGCAGUGAUAACUUGGAACAAUAUCUGAGGAGAGUACCCCCCACGCACCCCUACACAAAGCCAGAUAAGUACGCAAAGCGAAAACAAACAAGAUGAGCGGUCGCGGCAGCCGUAAACGUGGACGUCCGCCAAAGACGCCCAACGAACGCGCCUCAGGACGCUUCAAUUACCAGCUGCUCAAGAAGCCAAAGUAUCUUAGCGAGGGAAAAUCGCAGCCCAGCACUCCGUCGGCGUCCAGGGGCAUUUCUCCGCAGAGCGACGAGGGCAGCAGGAGCAGCCACAACAACCACACCAAUCACAGCCGCAGUCGCGGGAGCGCUGCUAAGAGGGGACGAGGGCGCAAAUCUGCCGUGCAACCGAACACCAGCAGCUACUCUGGGAGGAAAGGGUACGAGUCGGAGUAUCACUACGGCUCAGAUUUUGGAGAUUCCGAAGAAGAUAAAUCCGAUAAUGAGGAUGAUAUGCUGCUUACACCCAGUGACGACGAGAGCAUAGAAGUAGCCAACGAGAGCGAGUCAGAGUUUUCCGUGUGCAGCUUUAAUCAAAAUGGAGUUGGUCGGCCGCCACGUCCUCCUAGCCCAGAACCUGUGUGGCUGCAGGAAGGUCGGCAGUACGCAGCGCUUGAACUGCCCGAUUCGUCGGAGGAUCUUUUCAUUGCAAAUACACACGUUUUGCGUGCGCUCAGUAUCUAUGAAGUACUGCGACGAUUUCGCCACAUGGUCCGCCUUUCGCCAUUCCGAUUUGAAGACUUGUGUGCAGCGCUGGCUUGUGAGGAGCAAAGUGCAUUGUUGACGGAGGUACACAUAAUGUUGCUUAAAGCGAUUCUUCGAGAAGAGGACGCACAGGGUACUCAUUUUGGACCGCUGGAUCAAAAGGAUACUGUUAAUAUAAGUCUUUACCUGAUUGACUCGAUAACGUGGCCGGAAGUUUUGCGAAGCUAUGUGGAAAGCGAUAAGACGUUUGAUCGCAAUGUGUUUCACAUUUUAAGCCAAACUGAAUACCCGUACACGGGCAUUGACAACCGGCUUGAAGUGCUCCAGUUUCUGUCAGAUCAAUUUUUAACUGCCAAUUCUAUACGAGAUGUAAUGCUGCAGGAAGGGCCUAUUCAUUAUGAUGACCAUUGCCGCGUAUGCCAUCGACUCGGCGAUUUAUUAUGCUGCGAGACGUGCCCAGCCGUCUAUCAUUUGGAAUGUGUUGAUCCGCCAAUGAAUGACGUACCUACUGAGGAUUGGCAGUGCGGGCUUUGUCGCUCGCAUAAGGUUAGUGGCGUAGUGGACUGCGUGCUGCCGCAGGAAAAGCAAGGUGUGCUAAUCCGGCAUGAUAGCCUGGGUGUUGAUCGUCAUGGGCGCAAAUAUUGGUUUAUUGCACGUCGCAUUUUUAUCGAAGAUCAGGAGGACUUCACAUGCUGGUAUUACAGUACGACAAGUAAGUUGAAAUUACUGCUCCACCGACUGGACCCCGAAGAACUGGAAACUCGUCUGCAUAGCCAGAUUACCGAGCGACGAGACGAAAUCGAGCGCCAAAUGAAACUGACUGAGACCUUAACCAAUGAACACAAACACACGAAGCGUAGUGUUAUCGAAAUCGAACAAGAGGCUACAAAUGAAAUUUUGGAAAAAGAGGUACUCGACGAGGAAGAAAAAGAUGUUGAUGCUAAAUCUGAGGGUCAAUCCAUAGAGGGAACAAAAAAACAAGAAGAAUGUAAAAUGGUCACGCGUCAAAAAUCCAAUCAGCUGAGUAAUGGUACCUUGCAUUUUAAACUUGGUAUGGAGCAAGGAUUUAAAAAUUAUGUUAACCAGUAUUCAGCCAAUCCAAUUGCACUCAACAAGCCGCAACGAAACGAGGAGCGCGAUAAGCGACGACAUCUGUCCCAUAAGUUCUCGCUAACGACUGCUUCUGACUUUAAAUGGAUCGGUAUAACCAUGGGAACUACUGACAAUAUGAUAACAACUCUAAGGCAGACAUUGAUAAACUUCGAAUCCAAUAUAGCAGCUUCCUUUUUGAAUACCAACUGGGUAGUUAACAAAAAAAUUUGGAAUGCUGCGGUGAUGAACGCCCGUCGUCCAUCUGACUUUGCCGUCGUGUUGCUACUUUUUCAAGCGUCCCUUAAGAGCGUCGUUUUUGCCAACGUCUGGCAUGAGCAACUGGGGCACACAGCUUUGCAACGCAUAACUAGUGCCGAACGAGAAGAGCGAAAAAAACUUGAAAAGCGAGAGAAACGCGAGCGGGAUGAUGAGGAAGAACGUAAUCGCUUGGCAUUUAACUACAUAAAGUAUACCCUGGGUCUUAAACAUCAAGUCUGGAAGCAAAAAGGAGAAGAAUAUCGUGUUCACGGGCAAUGGGGCUGGCUUUGGCUCUCAAGUAGUCGACGCUGUGGUGUUCGUGCACGGCGAGCCCAACCACUAGUACACAAUAGAGUCUACGUACAUUACACCAUGGGAGAGGAGAGCGAGGUCAAUGAAGUUAUUUUAGUCGACCCACGCACCCAACGAUUUAUGCAACAAUGUGAGUCGAGCAAUGUUGAUGGUCAGGUGUGUCAUUAUUUACCGGACCAAUAUAAAAAUGUGAAAGUUAUAGAAGAUGUUAAGGAGAAAGUCAAAGGGCACAUCGACGUUAGCAAAGCGCUAAAUGCUCCAGGGCGUACUUAUUACUCGAAGGUGGCUCGCAAAUGUCGGUUAGAUGAUCUAUUGGAUCGCCGUAUAAAAUUGGCCGAGGUUGAGGAGCAGAUGGCUUCUAAAGUUGCUUCUGAUGUGAAGCCGCUUCUUGUUUCUUCCCAACAAGCUACAGCCAACAGCAAACAAACGCUUCUGGAGAAGCGUUUACUUCGCCUUACUGAAGUCCAAGCAAAGGGGGGUCCUGCAAACGUAAACUUGGAACUUGUCAACUCGCUGGCUAAACAAAUUCAAACAGUGCGCUUACAAUUUAGUCAGCUUAAUCGAUUUGCUAAAGUUUUUCGCUGCUACACAAAGGAGUGUAACACAAAUUCAAAUGCUGUGUCUCAAAUAACCCAAAAUACUUGCUACUCCCCAUUAUGUCUUCAAAAAGCACGGGCCAAAAAAGAACUUUUAUUGUUGCUACGAAAGGCGCAUACUGCCGGUAAUGGCUCAAAAGAGACAGUUGCCGCCAUACUAGGCGCUGUUAAAAAGCCAUCUAUUCUCGAGCAGAAGCUGACGGAGGGUAAGAGAGAAUCCACUCAGGUGACCGUGGAUGAUCCCGAAGAGGGGAAGCCAACUGAAUCCGAAGCGCCGUUGGAUUUACUUCAAGAUUGGGAACAUGCUCGAGCGCACGCCGUUCAAUUUACCGAUUCUUUGCUAACCGAAUGCAUGCUGGUUGACCAGGACUGCGCCACCAGCACGAGAAUUAAACAGGAGGGUGAUGCCAGUGCCGGAAGCAAUACAACUACUGACUCUAACACACAAGACUCCGAUAAAAUAGACUAUAUUGAGAGUAUGGACGUUUGCAGUAAUGUUGAAAUUGAGAGCACCGAAGACUCUAUUGUAGCGGGCUUAAACUCCAGUAAUGCCGAAGAUGUCGAUAUGACUCCUGGAUGGCGGCGAAAGCGUAACCAGAAAUCUAAAAAAAGCUAUAUUGGCACUAAAGAUGUGCUGGAUCAGACGCUGGACAAGGAUAUACCACUUAACAAACAGAACCGCAGAUUUCCUAUUACUGCACGUCCAGUUAAGCGCGAAUGUGUGAAAAAAUACGAACGAGAGUAUUUUGAGAACGGAACCGAGCGAGUCUAUUCCUCUAGUUCACCUCGGGGUCGUGUAUACCUCCUUAAUGACGCAGCCAAGUUGAGUGAGCAAGCUGUAAAAGCUGAGGAAAAGUCUACCAUAUCAAAAAAGCCAUACUCUCGAUACCCACUUAUAUCAAAUUUUCUUACGCAUAAGAAAAAACGUAGCCUGUUAGUGCUACCACGAUUUGAGCUGCUUAAGCUGGCUCGUCUGGGUGGAAAAACAUCUACAAAUGGUUUUCAUCACGCUGCGAAAAAUAACACAAUUUGGCAGUAUCAGUGCUCGCGGCCCCUCUUCCGAACCUGCUGGUCCUAUCGAACAUCUAAUGCCACGUCGUUAUCCAGCCUAGCACUGCAGCUACGAAUACUGUGGUCGUGCCUCCGCUGGGAUGACAUGAUAGCAAAGCCUCCAUCGACGGAUGGGAAGCAUCAGGUUACUACGGAUACUGAAAUCGUAACAUUGGAAUUGCUCAAACUUCGCCACACAGGACGCUAUGGCGAAAAAACAAGCUAUUUGCGACGAAAAGUUGUUAUUCCACUUGAAAUGCCCAAGACUGUGAGAGAAGUAACAUCCAUACGAUCUGGACUGCGAAAACGAAAGCGUGCUGAAUCUCCCCAGCCAACCGAGCCACAAAUUAGCGAGGAAUGGGUGGAUGAAGAUAAAUUGGAGUUAUGGGAAAUUAAAUUUAUGGGAGAAAAACAAGAAAAGGCACGCCUAUCAGCUGUAACGCGAUCUGUCGCAUCUCGUCAAUUGGAGGCAAGUGGUAGUAAUGUUUCCAACACUUCAACCAAUGGAGCUCUUGGCGGCGCUGGACGCGUCCAACUGGCACCUAAGUCGAGUGAAGAUGUUAAAGAAAAAAUGGAACAACAAUUGAAAUUGCAGCGCGCCGUUCAUCAGCAGAGAAAAUUGGUUGCAACUGGCGAAGUCACCCGUUCUGUGACACCAGUUAAAGGCCAAGUUAUCGGUAGCAGGCGUGUCAUUGUUAAAAACCCUGAUGGCACAACUCGAAUUAUUCAGCAAGCAGUUACACAGGUUUCAAGAACAGGAGGAACUAAUACUGCAGCAGCAGCUGCUUCACCUGCUGUAGGAGGCUCGACAAGCACUCAGUCAAAUCCAUCCACAUCUACACCGCAUAAAGUACAAAUUAUAAGGGGCCCAGAUGGCAAAGUAAGCGUACGCGGAUUGAAUCCUGGGCAGCAGCUAGUUCAAAUGCCGGAUGGAAAACUCCAUGUGCUGACUACCACUACAUCUUCAAAUUCGGCAGCGCAGGGAAACAAAAUCAAGGUUCCCAUCAAGCCAACUUCUACUUCGUCGUCGCCAGCAAUUAGUUCAGCACAGACUACUACAAAUCCAGGGACGCCUGUGAUAAAGCAAAUUGCAGUUAAACAUGUCACGAAAAAUUCAGCGACUCAAUCCAUAGCAUCGUCCCCGCGCGUAGCCUUACCGCUUGCUCAAAUUAAAAAUAAGUUGUUACUGGCUCAACAGCAAUCACCAUCUUCAUCAGCAACAACUUCAUCGCCCCCCGUGCAGAAGAUAGUGUCGAAAGUGGUUAACACGAGUUCCUCUGGGCAAACCGUACAGCAAGUAUUCGUACAGUCUGGGUCCAAACUGGUAGUAGGGCAAAACGCACAAGGGCAAAAGGUUAUAAUAUCUACGUCGACUGCACAACAGCAAGGAACAUCACCGGUUCAACAGCAGCAACUAGUACAAUCUCAACCAAUUCAACAGUCACCACAACAGAUCUCAAUGACACAGGUCGGAAAUCAACCAACGCAAAAAGUAAUUCAGCAAAUUGUUAAUACCAGCAACGUGCAGCAGCAGAUAGUAGUUGGCGGCCAACGGAUUAUAUUAAGCCCCGGUCAAACUAUUGUUACUCAGAGGAACGUGCCGCAGAGUCAAGCAUUGCAGAUGGUUCAGCAGCAGAUUCAAACCCAGCAACAGCAGCAGCAACAACAUGUUGUCCAGCCUCAACAACAAUUUGUUGUUCAAUCAAACCAAAUUGUACAAUCUUCACCAAGUGCACAAACCAAACUGGUUAAACAGCUUGUGGUUCAACAACAAACACAGCCAACUAUUGAAGAAAAAACACAGAUCACCACGACUGAUGGCAAUGAAACUGGCACACAACAAGUCCUGGUUCCAAAUUCGACUUUAGCCCAGCAGUUAGCACAGGGCAAAUUACAGGUGGCAACUGUGAAUGGGCAACAAGUCAUCGUGAAACCGUUGGGAAAUAAUCAGGCUCAAAUCGUGGCACAUAUUAAACACCAAGGUGACGGGAACGCUCACAUCGUUACAAGUAAUUCAGCCACUGCCGUACCUCAAGCAAGCCCACAAACUUCACCAGUCAAACAACAAGCUCUCCCAUCACAAAGUCCACAGCAAGUCGUUAUCCAGCAGCAACAAAUCCAUCAACAGUCACCAACAAACUUCGAAAGUGGCGUAACCCCAAUAACUCAACAGCCGGUUGUCACCCAGACUGUCCAGGCUCCAGCCCAACAGCAACCCUUGAGUGUUGAGGAGAGUCUCCUCCAGAAUCAGCCGCCUGGAACAGUAAUUAAAUGUGUCACCGCUCAAGUAUUGCAAACCGAGCAUGGUCCGCGUAUAGUAUUGCAAGGCCUCGUAGGCAACGAUUUCACUGCACAGCAAUUACAAUUAGUGCAAACGCAGGUGAAACAGCAACUAAUGAAGGCUCAAGAGUCAAAUGGCAAACUUGGUGUUCUGGGCCCAACAAAAAUAUACUUGGCGGUACAGCCGGAAAAUGCAGUUCAAUCACAGCCGCCUCCUCUAACCCCUGUUCACCAAUCGGCUACGCAUCAGCAAACCAACAACAUCGAAAUCGACGCCGAUACGCUAGCAACAACUUACGAAGUCAAUCCCACUAUUAAAGAUAUUGCCAUUAAUAAUGGCAAUGAUCAGGAAAACAGUAAAUGUGCAGAAACAGAAAAUUCUAAUAUUACAACUAAUGAGUCCUUUGCCGGUACAUCUUCCCUAUUAGAGGGUUCAGAGCAUAACGAACCAACUAAUCUUGCCGACUUCGAUCUAUCAGAAACAGACUUAGAAAAUAAACAAAACGAAAGCUUCGUUGUUACCAGAGGAUACAUACAAGAGUCUAUUUCAAAUGCUCUCAAACAAGGUAAUCUGAGUCCGGAACUUGAAGAAAAACUUGUUUGUAUGCAGAAGCAACAAGAAAAUGCGAAUUCUACGAAUGAGUGGGAAACAUGCUCAAGAAACAGUGUAAAUGAGGAAGCACUUACUCCAAGUCGCCAAUUCAUUGACACUGAAUGGAAAAUUCGUACUUCGCCAAGACGCCCGAAUGCUAUGACCACAAGCAGCCAAUUUAAUCGAAUCAAAACGAAAAAUCGAAGCGUGAAUGACGAAGUCGCUGAACUUGGAGAGCAAAAGCAAUCGCAGUUGGAACGUCAUAAAGAAUUGCUUAAAAAAAAUAUUUUGCGUAAGCGUUCCUUAUUAGAGCGUAAUUUACAGAGCGAAAUACACGAAGAUGUAAAAAUUAAAGUCCAAAGACAUAUAUGUACGGUAAGUAACGCUUCACCGGAUGAACAUAGCGAAAAUGAAAGAAGUGGCGAACCCAAUUCAGAUUUUAAACGAUCAGAGGCGCAAAACCCCAGACAUGGCGCCGGCCGACCAAAAAAGUUGACAAGAAAAAAGGAAAAGUUGUAUUGUAUUUGCCGUACUCCAUAUGAUGACACAAAGUUUUACGUGGGGUGCGACUUGUGCAGCAAUUGGUUCCAUGGGGAUUGUGUCAGUAUUACCGAAGAAGCUUCUAAAAAUCUAUCGGAAUUUAUUUGCCUCGACUGCAAGAGCGCCAGAGACACGCAACAGCUCUAUUGUAGCUGUCGUCAACCAUACGACGAGUCACAAUUUUAUAUAUGCUGUGAUAAAUGCCAGGAUUGGUUCCAUGGCCGUUGCGUUGGAAUACUUCAAAGCGAAGCUGAGUUCAUUGAUGAAUAUGUUUGCCCUGAAUGCCAACGCAAAAACGAUGCUUACGCUGCAAAUAUGAAAAAACUGACUCCAAAUGACAUUGAAGAGCUGAAAAACUUAAUCAAACAGAUGCAGUUACACAAAAGUGCUUGGCCAUUUAUGGAACCGGUUGAUCCGAAGGAAGCACCCGAUUAUUACAAAGUGAUUAAAGAGCCAAUGGAUCUCAAACGGAUGGAAAUUAAACUCGAAUCAAACACCUACACAAAACUAGCAGAGUUCAUAGGCGAUAUGACAAAAAUUUUUGACAACUGCCGUUACUAUAACCCGAAAGAAUCGUCCUUUUAUAAGUGUGCUGAAGCACUAGAGUCAUUCUUUGUGCAAAAAAUUAAAAAUUUUCGUGAAAAUGUUUUUGGCCAAAGAACAUAAGAAAUAAUAGAAACCCCUGAAAACUUUAGAACAAAUGAUUUUAGUUUAUAAAGACACUUCUAACAAUUUGAAAAGCGUGAUUCAGUUAUGUAUUCUUAUUUUGAAUGAAAUGUUACACAUACAUACAUAUUUUAUCAAUAAAAAAUACUUAUAAUUAAUUAUAAUAAACAAUGUACAUAUUAACCGUAUAAAUUGGAAUGACUAUUA